ACAGAAGGGGUAGGGGUGGGGUUGGUGAGGUUCUUCCUUUUGGGAAGAAUAUGGGGUAGGAGAAGGGAAGGAAAACUAUUUAAUGUCUUAAGAAACUAGUUAAAAAUUUCUUUCCUGUUGGAGACCAGUGUAGGAAGCAUCCUUAUCCCCCCUAGAAUACUCCUCUUUCUAGGUAUUAUCUCUAAUUGGAGUUUGUAAGUUAAACAAGUGUAGUGGGGCUUCCUACAUUCUGUUAAUGUGUAAAUAACAUGGUAAAGAACUGAGGUUUGUGCUCCGAAUUUGGGGUGGGGGUUGCUUUAUUCCUCCAUUUUGAAGGUAAUUUAUGCCAGCCUAAAUAUGACAGGAUUAAGUUUGGCAGGCAACUCUUUGUAUUUUGUAUUAGACUUCAAAAAUCUUUUCUUCUUCUUCUUCUUCUUUUUGUUUUUUGUUUUUUUUUAAAUCCAGGAGAAUGCUUUAUUUCAACUUUUAGCUGACUAGAUGCUUAACUUAGUAACAAGUUUAGCCUAGCUAAAAGCAGAUCGGCUUGUUUCUCAGAUCUAUGGGGGAUAGCAAGAAACAUUUGAGUGAAUGUUGUUGAAGAUUUUCAGUAGUAUAGAAAAUGAUGGCGCUCUUGUGAUAUUUGUAAGUACAAGCAAGGAUUUGGCACAGACAUCCUAUUUCAUGGCUACCAACAGUUUGCAUCUUACGACCUUCUGUCUUCAGUACAAACCCACGGUGAUAGCAUGUGUGUGCAUUCAUUUGGCUUGCAAAUGGUCCAAUUGGGAGAUCCCUGUGUCAACUGAUGGAAAGCAUUGGUGGGAAUAUGUGGACCCUACAGUUACCCUAGAGCUGCUAGAUGAGCUAACACAUGAGUUUCUACAAAUAUUGGAGAAAACGCCUAGUAGGUUGAAGAGGAUUCGAAACUGGAGGGCUAUGGCUAAGAAGCCAAAAGUAGAUGGACAAGCAUCAGAGACACCACUGCUUGGUUCAUCUUUGGUCCAGAAUUCCCUUUUAGUAGAUAGUGUCACUGGUGUGUCUGCCAACCCAAGUUUCCAGAAACCUUCAACAUCAACGUUCCCUGCUCCGAUACCUCUAAAUUCGGGAAGUGCUUCUGUCCAGGACAGCCGUGCAUCUGAUAGUUUGUCGGUACUGGCAGCCGGAAUGCCCAGCACCUCAUAUACUUUGUCAUCAUCACACCAAGAAUGGCCUCAGCAUCCAGACCCAGCCAGGACAGACCCAGUGUACACUCAGAAACAGGAGGCCCCUCUCUCUGGGAGCCAGUACCUCAGCUUCCAGCAGGGACCUUCCAUGACACUGCAUUCAGGAUUGCAUCACAGACCGGACAGAGUUGCUGAGCAUUCAUCAGCUAAGCAAGAAUACGCUCACAAAUCCGGGAGCAGCAAACACCAUGGGCCUGUACCUGCUGCUCCUGGAGUGGCUCCUCAGAAAAUGUCUUUAGAUAAGUACAGAGAGAAGCGGAAGCUGGAAACCCUCGACCUGGACACGAGGGAUCAUUACAUAGCUGCCCAUGCAGAGCAGCAGCACAAACAUGGGCCAGCCCAGGCAGCCGUAGGCAGCUCAGUCACUUCUCCCAUUAAAAUGAAACUUCCCAUCGCCAACUCGGACAAACCUGAGAGAAACAUGGCAGAGAAAAAGGAAAAGAGUGGAUUGCUGAAGUUACGGCUUCCCAUCCCACCGCCUGACAAAGGAGGUCCCAGUAAAGAAGAGCUGAAGAUGAAGAUCAAAGUGUCGUCCUCAGAAAGACACAGCUCUUCUGACGAAGGCAGCGGAAAAAGCAAGCACUCAAGCCCACACAUCAGCAGAGACCACAAGGAGAAGCACAAGGAGCACCCUGCCAAUCGCCACCACAGCAGCCACAAGCAUUUGCACAUGCACGGUGGUGGAGGAGGAGGUGGCGGCGGCGGCGGCAGCAGCAGCGGUGUUAAGCAUGCUGCUGAUGGGAUGCCACCCACUGUGCUGAGGAGUCCUGUGGGCCUGGGCCCAGAAGGCAUCUCCUCCAGCUCCAGCGCAAGGAAGAAGCUGCACGUCAACGAUGCCUCCCACAACCACCACUCCAAAAUGAGCAAAAGUUCCAAAAGUUCAGGUAGUUCAUCUAGUUCUUCCUCUGUUAAGCAGUAUGUAUCCUCUCACAGCUCUGUUUUUAACCAUCCCUUACCCCCUCCUCCCCCUGUCACAUACCAGGUGGGCUACGGACAUCUCAGCACCCUCGUGAAACUGGACAAGAAACCAGUGGAGCCCCACGGUCCUGAGGCCAAUCACGAGUAUAGUACAAGCAGCCAGCAUUUGGACUACAAAGACACAUUCGACAUGCUGGACUCGCUGCUAAGUGCCCAAGGAAUGAAUAUGUAAUCACUUGUUUAGGUCAACUCUUCUUCCUUUUUUUGAAUUUAAAAAUGGUUGGAAUGGAAGCUUCCUCCUGAUCCAGCAGUGGGGCCACUGCUUCUGUGUUUGUAAGUGCUGCUUUAUUCUUCCUUCUGAAAAGAAGAGAUAUAGGAAACAAGUCUGUCUCCACACACAAUAGUGUUACCAGGCCUGUAAACGCAUGGAAGAUGCAGCUCAGAACAUUAGGAUGAAUGGCUGGCUGCUGCUAGGAUUGUAAGCUGCCUCAAGCUUUUGUUAUUUAUGAUUUGAAUACUGCAGCUGUUUUUUGUUGUUGCUUGGCUUUGAAUGAGUGUCAACUGUUUUCUUUUGUGUAUUUAUACUUGUAUGUAUGGUUUGCAUGUCUCAGUGAUAAAGGGAUAAAACAGUAUACUGACAACUGUUUACAAGAAAGUGGAGAAAAAUGUACAUACAUUUUUGUAUGUUUAGAUAUUACCAUAAAUACUCAGGAUCGGAGCUGCUUGUAAGUAUAACAAUAUACAGAAUAACUUUAUUUUCUCUCGUCAGAGUCCAUCACUAAUCUAAAACACAAGUGGCACUUUUUUAUGUUAACCUUAAACUCUAGGCCUUACUGGAAGCCGCUGAGGGGACACUUCACUACUAGGCGGGGAUGCGGUGCCACAGGUGGUCCUUAACACUGGGAAGUGCUCAGUUUGCCUUCAGAGGUUCUGACCAGAUUGGCUGCAGAAUCAGCCCCUGACUUCCGAAGGCUGAAGAGGAAAACAAUAAAGUUUACAUACACUUGAUGUGAAGUGCAUUUAAAUGUUUGUUGGCUUGUGCAGUGCUGUAGAAGAGCAGUUAAUAAUGGGGAUGGGGUGACUGUGACUUGGCUCACAGGAGCUCCCAGUGAAGUUUGUCCAUGUCUUCAAGAACUUCGACACUACAGAUUUGAACAGGGAACAGGGAACCACUUCUCCUUUAACAUUUGCAGUGACACCAUAGUCUUGAAUAUACUCUUCCCAUGGAGAGAGAGGGGAGUGAGUGAGUAUGUGAAAGCCAGAAAGAUAGCGUAUUUCUUUUUCAGGUAAAUGCAGUCUUCCUUAUACAAAUGAAAUGAAACCUCUGCUCUCUUGAUUCUUUUAUAUUCUAACAAUAAAUAAAAAGAAAACAUUGCUGACUGUGCAUUGUACCUGUAUUUAUAGCUUAUGGUCAUUAUCAGGAAAAUGUAAGGAAAAAGGCCAGCCUCGGGCAAGCCCCUGCUGGAGGUUUCACAUUCGUUUGCACGUCUCAGUAGGUUCUCAUCGAGGGGACGCUUGCACUGUCACCUGACGCCUGGUCAGGGCAUAGACGAACUUGUCUAAAUUUUGGUGUAAGCACCAAUAGUAUGGCUCUUGUCUCUUGCCUAAUCUUGAAUUUAUUUCUGUGGUAAGUCUUAGCUGUUGAGUCUCUUAAGAUGGGUCGGAUUCAACUUGUAUUGAAUCAUAGUUUUUCUCUGUAUAUGAACUGUUUUUAUAAAGCCACUGAUCUGUGCACAAUUGUAAUUCAAGUAUGUUGUGGUUGUAAAUAUUAGAGUUGAGCCUUGUACUCUACUUUUAUUUAGCAAUUACCUAAUUUUCCAGUAGCUGUUUGUUUUUUUAAAGAAAAUUGUUGAUUCUUUUGUCAAUGUUAUUUGAACUUGGGAUGUCAGGAGCCUCUUUGUAGGAACUCAGCCUAGCAGGCUCAUCCUCACUUUGUUUUGUCUUGCAUCAGUAGUCUGUUACUAUGUGAUUUUGUUGCUGUGUGGUAUACUAUUGUAUCAUAAACAUGGUGAUUCUGAUGCAGCUACAGUUUUACUGUGGAACAUAGUCAAAGACUAGCAUAGAAUUAAACAGUGCGAGGUGAGGGGGCGGGAAGGGUUUUGUUCUUGGUGAUUUAGAUGUGAAACCUCAACAGAGCAUCAUGUGAACUGACAUGGGGUGGUCAUGCUACUGUAUCAUUGGGAACGAUGCCAGGAAUUUUAAUCGGCUUUUGUAAAGAGUAUCCAGAAAAGUAGUGAACUUAUUUUCAGUAUGACAUAGAAAACAAUGUGAAUAUUUAAGGUCUGGGACUAUAUAGUUAAACUUCACUAAGGAUUUUCAGAAAUGUGUUGGGUUUUUUGUUUUUUGUUUUUCGUUUUUUAAGAUAUGGGAAUAAAGGUAAUUUUGUUGAAUCUUAUUGGUGCUAAUGACGGACAGUUAAACAGAUAGUGUAUAUGCUGUGGAUCAGUACACUUAGUACUUCCAGAAUUGACUUUGAAAUGCUGUGUAUUCACUUUUCACUCUGUAAAUGUAAUUCUUUACAAUGACUAUUUAUUAAAAGGCAGUCAGUCAUGA